AUGAUUGAGAAUGAACUGGAAUGUGUAACCAAUAUUUCUUUGGCAAAUAUAAUUAGACAGCUAAGUAGUGUAAGUAAAUAUGCUGAAGAUAUAUUUGGAGAAUUAUUCAAUGAAGCACAUAGUUUUUCCUUCAGAGUUAACUCACUGCAAGAACACGUGGACCGUUUAUCUGUUAGUGUUACACAGCUUGAUCCUAAAGAAGAAGAAUUGUCUUUGCCGGACAUAACAAUGAGAAAAGCCUUCCGAAGUUCUACAAUUCAAGAUCAGCAGCUUUUCGACCGCAAGACUUUGCCUAUUCCAUUACAAGAGACAUAUGAUGUUUGUGAACAACCUCCACUUCUCAACAUACUUACUCCUUAUAGAGAUGAUGGUAAAGAAGGUUUGAAGUUUUAUACCAAUCCUUCAUAUUUCUUUGAUCUGUGGAAAGAAAAAAUGUUGCAAGAUACAGAGGACAAGAGGGAGGAAAAGAGGAAACAGAAGCAGAAAAAUCUAGAUCGUCCUCAUGAACCAGAAAAAGGGUCAAGAGCACCUCAUGACAGGAGGAGAGAAUGGCAGAAGCUGGCCCAAGGUCCAGAGCUGGCUGAAGAUGAUGCUAAUCUCUUACAUAAGCAUAUUGAAGUUGCUAAUGGCCCAGCCUCUCAUUUUGAAACAAGACCUCAGACUUACGUGGAUCAUAUGGAUGGAUCUUAUUCACUUUCUGCCUUGCCAUUUAGUCAGAUGAGUGAGCUUCUGACUAGAGCUGAGGAAAGGGUCUUAGUCAGACCACAUGAACCACCUCUGCCUCCACCCAUGCAUGGAACAGGAGAUGCAAAACCCUUACCCACCUGUGUCAGUUCUGCUACAGGUUUGAUAGAAAAUGGCCCUCAGUCACCAGCCACAGGCAGAACACCUAUGUUUGUGAGCCUCACUCCACCACCUCCUCCACCACCUCUUCCAUAUGCCUUGUCAACUUCUUCAUUAAGAGCUUCAAUGACUUCCACUCCUCCCCCUCCAGUACCUCCCCCACCUCCACCUCCAACCACUGCUUUGCAAGCUCCAGCUGUACCACCACCUCCAGCUCCUCUUCAGAUUGCCCCUGGAGUUCUUCACCCAGCUCCUCCUCCAAUUGCACCGCCUCUAGUACAAUCCUCUCCACCAAUAGCUAGAGCUGCCCCAGUAUGUGAGAUUGUACCAGUUCAUCCACUCCCACAAGGUGAAGUCCAGGGGCUGCCUCCACCCCCACCACCACCUCCUCUGCCUCCACCUGGCAUUCGACCAUCAUCACCUAUCACAGUUGCAGCUCUUGCUCAUCCUCCCUCUGGGCUACAUCCAACACCAUCUACUGCCCCAGGUCCCUAUGUUCCAUUAAUGCCUCCAUCUCCUCCAUCACAAGUUAUACCUGCUUCUGAGCCAAAGCGUCAUCCAUCAACCCUACCUGUAAUCAGUGACGCAAGGAGUGUACUACUGGAAGCAAUACGAAAAGGUAUUCAACUACGCAAAGUAGAAGAGCAGCGUGAACAGGAAGCUAAGCAUGAACACAUUGAAAAUGAUGUUGCCACCAUCCUGUCUCGCCUUAUUGCUGUGGAAUAUAGUGAUUCAGAAGAUGAUUCAGAAUUUGAUGAAGUAGAUUGGUUGGAAGAAGAAAAAUGCAUUGAUAAAUAUUACAAACUGAAUGCAAAUGUCCUUUGUGGUGCUUGUUCUUUGAAAAUGUUUGGUCAUUCUAGUGUUUUGCUUUCUAUUCCUUAUAAUAAAUAA